UCGAAGGCAAACGCAUUUACGUGCGCCGCAUUCGAUACGAUAAAAAUUGGAAAAUUGUUGAACGCAUUAAAUUUUUAGAGCCUCGUAAAAUACAGUCAAAGUUAUUGGCCGAUUUUUUAUUUGGCGCAAAGUUGGGUGUUGAAUAUUCAUACGUGGUUUGAUGCAGGGAUCAACAAUCGCCGCUGUCCGAAAUAAUAGUUGUCAAAAGUUAAUAUAAUAUUGUAACGUCAUGAAUUGGGAAACCUAUCUCCCAGUUUUAAUACUCCUUUUUGGGAUGAACGAUGCAGUGAGAUUGCAUAAGCUAUUCCAAUUUUUGGAUGGAUUCAAAUCUGAACACGACUUACAAGGAUUCUUACAUGUCGGUGAGGAUUACGCCGUUUUUCUCCAGAAACCCAAACCCCACGAUAAAUUCCUAGUAUACGAACUAUAUGAAGCUAAAAACGUUGAAGAAAAUACUAGACCUAGAUUACUUGCGAUAUCUAAAGUACCUGUUGAGUAUAUUAAAGAACAACUAAAAAAGUUUAGAGAGGAGUUAUACGCAGCAAAGUAUGUUGAUAAUAAUAUUGUACCGGGAACUGAGGUGCAAACUUUAAGGGAAUGGCAGAUAGAUAGGGCGGUGGAUCUACAAGAUGGACGGAUUGGUGAGCAGCCGAAUAUAUUAAGGACUGUAGUACUGUGAUAUUAAAGAAAAUAAAAAUGAAAAAUAGUGAUUUUGG